UCAGAGCCACUGAGAGAGAGAGAGAGUCCAAAUCGCUUCAUUUCUGCAACUUCUUCCAUUGUUAUCUUUACCGGUGCUUGAAGGGCAGUUUACCCGCCCGGCUUACUUCUCUGUGUUCUUUAUUGUCUCCGCCGGCAAGAGAAGUUGAGAGUUUAGAGAUGGAGACACCUUCUAAGGUAAAGAAAGGUGCCGCAGGAAGGAGAGGAGGUGGGCCGAAGAAGAAGCCUGUUUCUCGUUCUGUGAAAGCAGGUCUUCAGUUCCCUGUUGGAAGGAUCGGGCGUUACUUGAAGAAAGGUAGAUAUUCUCAGCGUGUCGGAAGUGGUGCGCCGGUGUAUUUGGCAGCCGUACUUGAAUAUCUUGCAGCUGAGGUUUUGGAGUUGGCCGGAAACGCAGCUAGGGACAACAAGAAGAACAGAAUUAUACCAAGGCACGUUUUGUUAGCAGUGAGGAAUGACGAGGAGCUUGGAAAACUUCUAGCUGGUAUAACGAUUGCCCAUGGAGGUGUUCUUCCCAAUAUCAACCCUGUUCUGUUGCCCAAAAAGUCCGACAAGGUCGCCACCAAAGAGCCAAAGUCACCUUCUAAGGCCACCAAGUCUCCUAAGAAGGCUUAAUUGGGCGUGAACCCAAAAAAAUCAGCUCUUUCUCACCAUGUAGUAUGUGUUUUUGUGGAUGUGUAGAUCUUAACAUUUGAACCAUUGUACUUUUUUGAUGUUUCUUCUUUGUUGUUAGGCCUUUGGAUUAAUGAAAUCUGAUUGUAGAUCUGUUAGAUUUCUUUCCCUACAGCCUCUUCUUUGGUUAAUUAUGGAUUUUGAAAACCCUGUAAUCUCUUCUCUUGUUUGGAAAUCAUAGUGGGUGGUGGUCAUGAGUUGAUGAUCCAUCCCUUUCAGUGGUUGAAAAAUAAGAUUCCUUAACAUUGCACCA